AUGGCGGGGGCAAUCAUAGAGAACAUGAGCACCAAGAAGCUCUGCGUGGUCGGCGGGAUCCUGCUGGCGUUCCAGGUCGUCGCCUUCCUGGUGGGCGGCUUGAUCGCUCCAGGGCCCACGACAGCAGUGUCCUACAUGUCCGUGAAGUGCGUGGAUGUGCGAAAGAAUCACCACAAGGCAAGAUGGCUGAUGCCCUGGGGACCCAACCACUGUGACAAGAUCCGCGACAUCGAGGAGGCCAUUCCGAGGGAAAUCGAGGCCAAUGACAUCGUGUUCUCCGUCCACAUCCCGCUCCCCAACAUGGAGAUGAGCCCCUGGUUCCAGUUCAUGCUCUUCAUCCUGCAGCUGGACAUCGCCUUCAAGCUCAACAACCAAAUCCGAGAAAAUGCAGAAGUGUCCAUGGAUGUCUCCCUGGCUUACCGUGAUGACACGAUGGCAGAGUGGACCGAAAUGGCCCAUGAGAGAGUGCCCCGGAAGCUCAAGUGCACCUUCCCCUCCCCCAAGACCCCAGAGCACGAGGGCCGCUACUAUGAAUGCGACGUUCUCCCCUUCAUGGAAGUCGGCUCCGUGGCCCACAAGUAUUACCUGCUAAACAUCCGGUUGCCCGUGAACGAGAAGAAGAAAAUCAACGUCGGGAUUGGAGAGAUCAAGGACAUCCGGUUGGUGGGAAUCCACCAGAACGGAGGCUUCACCAAGGUGUGGUUCGCCAUGAAGACCUUCCUGACGCCCAGCAUCCUCAUCAUCAUGGUGUGGUACUGGCGCAGGAUCACCAUGAUGUCCCGGCCCCCGGUGCUUCUGGAAAAGGUCAUCUUCGCCCUUGGGAUCUCCAUGACCUUCAUCAACACCCCCGUGGAGUGGUUCUCCAUCGGCUUCGACUGGACCUGGAUGCUGCUAUUCGGGGACAUCCGGCAGGGCGUCUUCUACGCCAUGCUGCUGUCCUUCUGGAUCAUCUUCUGCGGCGAGCACAUGAUGGAUCAGCACGAGCGGAACCACAUCGCAGGGUACUGGAAGCAAGUUGGCCCGAUUGCUGUUGGCUCUUUCUGCCUCUUCGUAUUUGACAUGUGUGAGAGAGGCGUACAGCUCACCAACCCUUUCUACAGUAUCUGGACAACAGACGUUGGAACGGAGCUGGCUAUGGCCUUCAUCAUCGUGGCCGGGAUCUGCCUGUGCCUCUACUUCCUCUUCCUGUGCUUUAUGGUGUUCCAGGUGUUCCGGAACAUCAGCGGGAAGCAGUCCAGCCUGCCCGCCAUGAGCAAGGUGCGGCGGCUGCACUACGAGGGGCUGAUUUUCCGGUUCAAAUUCCUCAUGCUGAUCACCUUGGCCUGUGCCGCGAUGACUGUCAUCUUCUUCAUCGUUAGUCAGGUGACCGAAGGCCAUUGGAAAUGGGGUGGCGUCACGGUCCAGGUGAACAGCGCCUUUUUCACAGGCAUCUACGGGAUGUGGAACCUGUAUGUGUUCGCGCUGAUGUUCUUGUACGCGCCAUCCCACAAGAACUACGGGGAGGACCAGUCCAACGGUGACCUGGGCGUCCACAGCGGGGAGGAGCUGCAGCUGACCACCACCAUCACCCACGUGGACGGGCCCACCGAGAUCUACAAGCUGACCCGCAAGGAGGCCCAGGAGUAGGACAGCAUCAGGACACUCCACUCGCUCCUGCCGCCUCCAACAGGGGCUUCUCGGACCCACAGCCUGGACCUUUGUCAGGGUGCCUCCGGGGUAGCUUUUGGAGGCUUCCAGCAGCCACUAACUCGUGCACUGCGGAUGAUCACAAAACUCCAGCAGGACGCACGUUCAGUGGUCAUGGUUAGCUAGGGACAUGGGCGCCAGGAGCAGGCGGUUAGCGAGCCUCGCGUGCUGGGGUGUACUUCUUGGGGAUGGUUUGGGCCGGAGGGGUUCUAUAGCGAGUGGAUUAUGACUCUUUUUUUAUUCCUCUUUUAGAUUCCAGGGUAGAUUUUUAACAUUCUUUGCAGUUCAAGGUAUGCUGGUGUCUUCGCCUCACACACCCUGUUCGUGACCACUGCUUUCCCUUAUUUAUACCAAGUAGCCGACUGAGUUAAUAUUUAAAUUCUCCAUAGAUCUGUGUCCCUAUUUUUAUGACUUAAUGUAAAAUAAUUGAAUUUCAUGAGCAGGUCUGUCCGACCAGAGGCAUUUCAGCUUUGAAACCAAAUCUGUGUAUCCAAUACUAACCAGACUGUCGGAUGUGAGUUUAAAAAAAAAAAAAAAUGUUUGCUUAACCACCCCAGUAGGAUUUAUGGUAUUAAAUGGCCUUUGGGUCUGAAAAGCUUUUUUAA